GAUAAAUAAUCGAUGUUAACAGAAUGUUACGUUAACAGUUUGUUAUGUGCGGGUAUGCGGAAUUAUUAUUAAAUUUACGCAAAAACAUUAAAUGUUUUUCGUUGAAAAGUGACUGAAACCGCACCGCCACCCGCCAUCUCCGAAGUGCCACGAAGAGAAGCGUUAAUUGACAUGAAAUUGCUGACCAAUUCCCGGCUUUUGCGGCCGCUGCUGUUGCUGCGCCGCCAAAGGUCGCAUGACGCAAAGGCGGAGGCGCCGAUACCACGACGACCGGUUCCAACCAGUGCCCAACUGGACGAGAUGGAGCGGAAUGUGGUUAGGCGGCAUCACAAGAACAACGUGCCGCUGAUUCGCUCUCUUAUCCAGGAGGCGGAAGCUGGAGAUCAGGACAAGCUGAAACAGCUAGAUGUAGAACUGGAGCAACUACCCAAUGCAACACAUCCUCGCCUACAGGACUAUGGCGAAGAGCCGCGGGAACUGGCGCAAUAUGUGCACCGGGAGCUGCCACCGGAGUCCAGCCUCAAGGAGUUCUCGGAACUGGCCCGUGCCCUUAACCUCUAUCGCAUGGAUCACCUCGGCAACUAUACGGGACACAAAAGCUACUACCUGACCGGCCAACUGGCCACUUUGGAGCAGGCCAUCAUACAGUAUGCCCUGCAGGCAGUCACGGACCACGGCUUCAAACUGAUCUCCGUCCCCGACAUCCUGCCCAGGGAGGUGAUCGAGUCCUGUGGCAUGCGCAGAGGCGAACGCACCCAGGUCUACAAACUGGACAACGGCCAGUGCCUCUCGGGCACCUCAGAAAUGGCACUGGCCGGUUUCUUUGCGAAUAAGCUGACGGAGGAGCAGCUGCCCCUUAAGGUAACUGCCGUGAGUCGCUGCUAUCGGGCUGAAACCUCGGGCCUGCAGGAGGAGAAGGGCAUUUAUCGGGUACACCAGUUUACCAAGGUGGAGAUGUUCGCCAUCUGCACGGAGCAACAGUCCGAGGCGGAGCUGGAGGAGUUUAAGAACAUCGUGGAUCUUUUCCGACGGCUGGGCCUCAACUUCCGACUGCUGGACAUGCCGCCCUGCGAGCUGGGCGCACCUGCGUACCAGAAGUACGACAUCGAGGCCUGGAUGCCCGGUCCAAUGUGGGGCGAAAUCUCCAGCUGCAGUAAUUGUACGGACUAUCAGGCCAGACGGCUGGGCAUCAGGUACCGUCGCUCCAGUGACGGGCAGAUCUUAAAUGCCCACACUAUCAAUGGAACGGCGACGGCUAUUCCACGUCUUCUGAUUGCCCUGCUUGAAUCUAAUCAGCGAGGAGGCUUCGAGAUACCCGUCGUGCUGAGACCCUUCAUGGACGGCCAGGAGCUGAUCACGCGGAACAAACGGAUACCGGAGACGAAGCUGGUCAAUUCAUCAAGGCCUAGGCUAACCACAUUCUGUACCUUUGACUGUUAUCAUUAAAUCCAGCUUAUCAACGCAAGCAUGGGAAUAUUUUGAAGCACUCCCCUUAGCUGAUAUCUGGCAGAUCAGGGUAUAACACCCUGCGCUUAA